AUGGGAGGCGAAAAAGUGACUAAAGGCCUCGUCGAACUGCCUCCUCCGGCUGCCUCACGUAGCGUCAACCGCCCUCAUAGGCUUAGAAAUGUUGCUGCCCUAGCAACUGCCUGUGGUUUAUUCUACUUGGGAGCCACAUCCUGGAAUACCUAUCGUAUUGGACCGGCUAAUCUCAUUGACCCUUUGGUGGGAACAAGCAAUGAAAUUAGUCAUAGGUAUAAAAACUUUGGACUUGAUCCUCAAAAAGCAGAAGAUAUUUUCUUGUCAUCUCCGAGCGCACAAAGCGCCAUCUCUGUUGCGAGGGUCUGGACAGAAAAGCCGCAUCUUGCUGGCACGGCAAACGACUAUUAUUCGUCUGUUCAACAGUUGGAGGCCUUUAGGAAGCAUCUUGGGAUUAAGUCCACGUCAAAAUCCCUCCCUGUCUUCGAUGCCGGAAGCGAAGAAUCUCGCCAAGCCAUUUUGUCUAUAGCUCAUACUACAGAGCCUACUGCAUGGAUAGACACCUAUUACCCCCUGCUCAACUAUCCUAAAGAACGUAAAUUAGAGAUCCUCAACGAGGAUGGAACCCCAUUUUGGAGUGCGAACGUGGAGGAAGCCCCUGCGGAAGGAGAUCCUGCCGGCCAAUGGUACGAUACGAUUGGAGCCUGGCACGGGUUUAGCAAAGGAGGUGAUGUCCAGGGAAAACUUGUCCAUGUCGGUUACGGCCGCAAACAAGACUUCGACGAACUCGCUGCAGCAGGAUAUGAACUAACUGGAUCCAUUGCACUGAUAAGAUAUGGUGCAGUCUUUCGUGGACUCAAAGUUCAAGCAGCUCAAGAAGCUGGUGCCGUUGGCGUCUUGAUAUAUUCUGACCCUCGUGAUAAUGGGGCCGUUACAGUCGAGAACGGAUAUGAAUACUGGCCCAAUGGUCCAGCACUAAAUCCAGACUCGGUACAACGCGGUAGUGUUUUGUUCCUAAGCACAUACCCUGGGGACCCCGGAACCCCAGGAACCCCUGCCUACCCCAAUGCAAACCGCACCGAGGGAACUAAUAUCCCCUCCAUCCCUUCACUCCCUAUAUCUUGGGCCAAUGCACAGGUUCUCCUAAAAGAAUUGGGCAGAAACGAUUCUAUUUUCAGUAGUCGCAAAAUUCGACUGUUGAAUCGAGUAAAGAACGAGAUCAAACCUAUUUGGAACACCAUGGCAGUCAUCCCAGGUCAUAUCCGCAACGAAGUAGUUCUUCUUGGAAACCAUCGAGACGCAUGGGUUCUGGGUGCCAGUGACCCUACCAGUGGCACAGUGUCGGUUCAUGAAAUUGCCAAGGGGUUUGGAAAAUUAUUAAAACAAGGAUGGAAACCUCUUCGGACAAUCGUGUUCGCAAGCUGGGACGCUGAAGAGUAUGGCCUAAUUGGGAGUACGGAAUGGGGCGAAGACUUUGCUGAUUGGAUUCAAGAGCAUGUGGUUGCGUAUCUCAACGUCGAUGUUGCAUCAGCUGGCGAUAGGUUUGGACUUUCGGGGUCGCCUUCCUUAGCGCAUAUUCUUCGCCAAGCAGCUAUCGAUGUCCCUCACCCAUCCGACGCAAACCGCACCUUGUGGGAUGCAAGGGAUGAUCUUGGGCCAUUCACUGGGCCUAUUGAAAAGGACGCCUUUGUAGUUCAACAAGAAACUGAACUUGCGCGUAAUGCUGCUUCAGGCACUGGAGUUAGCCCCCUCGGUAGCGGCAGUGACUACACUGUAUUUUUGCAGAGGCUAGGUAUUGCAAGUUCAGAUGAAGCAUUUAGUGGAACUUCUCAAAGUGCUGUCUACCAUUACCAUUCAAUCUGGGACUCACAAACUUGGAUGGAGAAAUAUGGAGAUCCUGGCUUUUUAAGACACGUUGCGAUUGCUAAGCAUUUGGGACUUGUUCUUCUCCGACUCGCGGACUCUAUCGUCCUACCGUUGAACACGACACACUACGCGUACGAAUUAGAGAAUUAUUUGGAUCAUGUUGUCGAACUUGCCACUGGGUUGUCCGAGACACCUAACUUUACGGAUCUUCGUCACGCCAUCACAAAAGUCAAGAAAGCCAGCAAGAAGCUCGAUGAUCGUAAAGCGGUCGCGGAGCACCGCCUGAAGAGAGCUUUGGAAAAAGUUAUUCACAGAGAGAAACAAGGCGCAUGUAGCCACCGUAAAUUCGCUGGAGCACGUGCAUGGAUCAAAAAGGUUUUUGGAGUACGCGAGGAAAAGAAAUCCUCCUACCCUCAAAAGUGGCCAAAGGGGGCUCGUGCUACGCCACGUAUUGGAAGACUCCCUGCGUGGGUCGAUGAGCAACAUGAAAGGACCAAGGAGCACGACCAUGAGGAGCGUGGCCAACACAGAAAUAUUCGAAAGCUUAUUCGUGCAGUAAAAGAAGUGCAAGCUGUGAAUAAGAAGCUGUCGACAUUCGAACAAGGCUUCUUGUCCGGGGAGGGGAUCAAAGACCGCGAAUGGUACCGCCAUCUCGGGGUAGCACCCGGAAAGUGGUUGGGCUAUGGUGCGACCACCCUACCUGCGCUUACUGAAGCUAUCACAAUUGAGAAGAACGCUACUCUUGUGGCGCGCGAGGCAGAAAGACUCACCCAUUUGCUAGAGAAGCUGGCGAAAAGCCUGAACUAG